GAAGAAUUCCAAAGAGAAAAAAUAGUGAAAAUCACCCAAAGGUUGAAAAGGGGUAUUAGAGAGAGUGGUUUUAGGCCAGAAAAAAGGCAAAGAAGAACAGUUUAUAUGUCUGCAAGUUUUUUGGCUGUGAUUGGGGCUCCAUUGAAGCUCUGGAUUUCAUUUUCUUUAAUUUGGCUGUCUCUCUGCUGUUUAUCUCAGCAGAGUUUUUUCAAUUGUUUUACAACGGUUUCGAUGCGUUUGAGACCGAUAAGGACUUGUUCUGGAGUGGUCUGUUUUGGGUGUUUUCAUAUACACAAGUUUUUCAGUCUUUUUAGGAGAAGUUUUAUUCAUAAAAUCACUAGCAAUUUUUGAUAGGAGUUUUGUUAGGAAAUUACCAAUUUUUUUACCAAAUCUUUUUUCUUUAUUGGGAUAUUUUUGGUGGGUUGAAAAUAGAUGGCAUAUUAUCAGGAAAAUCAAGUUUCACUUUGUAACAAGAAACCCAAAAGAAAAGGAAAGCUACUUGAACCGAAAACAGAACCAAAAACCGAACCUUUACCAAACAGUAGUGUCAUGAGAACUGUUCGGAUCAUUGUUCAUGAUCCGGACAUGACUGAUUCGUCUGGUGAUGAUGAGCCCGUUAAAAAGUCUAAAACAAUUGUUCGUAAAAUGGUGGUUCCUAUGAUUAGGAGUCCGUCGACUGACUCGUUUCAAGAUAGUAACGGUGAUAAAAGUUCAGGAAAAAGAAAAAAGGUUUUGACUAGAUCAUUGAGUCAACCUCAGAUGACUUCUGAUGGGUUGAAAUAUAGAGGUGUUAGGCAGCGAAAAUGGGGUAAAUGGGCUGCUGAGAUUCGUGACCCGUUUAAAGGCAGACGGGUUUGGCUUGGUACGUUUAGUACAGCAGAGGAGGCAUCUCAAGCUUAUGAAAACAAAAAACUUGAGUUUGAAAAAAUGGCAGAAACUUUAAAGAUUCCGCUUAACAGAAAAAACAAGUCUUCGCCUGUUAUCAUAUCCAAUGAACAAAAACAGGCGGUUUCUGAAGAUUCAGUGGGUGUAAUCCCACAUUCGUCGCCAUCUUCUGUUCUUGAAAUGGAAUCAUCGUCCGUUUCCAAUGUCAUUAUCAACAAUGGGCAAAAGAUAGAAACUUGCUCGACUUCAAAUGUAUGCAAUGAAGAUGAUUUGUUGCCAGGGCUGGACUUUGUUGAACCUGUUGAUGACACUCGGACCUUAGCUGAAAUCUGGAAAAACUCGGACUUUGGGUUAGAAUUAGGUGUACCAUUCGACAAUCUAUGUACACCUCACGAAGACUUUGGGGAUUUUAAUGAUAUUCUAGAUUUUGAAUUCGACGAUAAAGAUGCUAUGGAAUUGCCCAACUGGGAUAUCGGCGAGCUAAACAACGAAGAAGAUCCUUGGUUGAACGAAAUGUGGUUAGACGAGCCAUUAGUGGGUUAGAAACAGUAGCUGGUGAUGGCCCGUGAGUUUUGCAGCUAGUAAUUAUUUAGUAAUUAGUAAAUCAUAAUCUGGUAGAAUCAGUUUUAUGCUGAUAAUCUUUGGAGAGCUUUUAGAACAUAAUAAUGUUCUAUAAGGAAAAUGGUUGCUUCAUUUGUUUGUUGAUUGAAGAGAUUUGCAAUGAGUUUGAUUCGGUUUAAACGUUUAUUGAGAAAAAAUAAAGGAUAUUUUGGUUUCU